AUGCACCUUCAGUCUAUCAAGAUGGAAGAAUCAAGCCCAAUGGAAGAAGUUAUCAUGGAGCAUGAGCGCAGUAUUCCUAGACAACCCCGAUCUCGCCCGGCCAGCACCGGACUCCGGCGAAGCACCAAUGCUUGUCGACGCUGCAAACGCAAAAAGAUCAAAUGCUACUACAAUGGCGAAACCAAUCAGUGUGCUGCGUGUUCCAAGUCAUGUUCAGAUUGUCUUUUUGACGUCCCCCCAGACGGUGUUUUUAGGGGCCAUGCAUACGUUACAACCUUGGAAGCACGAGUGCAGAGCCUGGAACUCCAGCUUCGCGCUACCAAGACUCGACGAGCUGAAUCGCAAAUGAGGGACAGUUUGCGGAAUUCCAAUGCUCAUGGUACGACAAAUAUUGAGCCAAACCCUACCACAAACACUGCACGCUCCCAUGCUCACCAGGAUCAGCGAAAUGCACAACAACCAGUGGAUUGGUCUGGGCAGAACCGGCGGCCAGUGAGACAAGAAAGUUCAUUUCAAAAUAAUGAUGUUGGAAAUACGACAGAUGACUUUUCAGGAAAUUUAUCAGGAAAUCUCAUCGAACCCUCCGGCGAGCCGCAAAGAUCAAGCUCCGAACUCGUCGUUCUUAACAUGCUCUACAACAGCGCUGUUCCUUCAGACCCGGACAUUGACAGCUUGCCCAGCCUUCCAUCCAGUAAAACCGCCAGGAAACUUGUGGAUGCGGUUUUUCUGUAUGUUCAAGCACGGUACUGCAUCGUCGACUGGGCACAAGUGCGCGAAUGGCAUCGAGAUCGAGAGUCUCUCGCAUACCUAUCCAAUGACGCUCCAAUCGCAUCGCAAACUGGAGCCUAUUUCAUCUGGAUUAUCUACGCUAUCGGCGCCCGUUUCGUGGCAAAUCCCGAGCAUUCGUCAGAGGCUUAUUUUGCUCGUGCUCGAUGUUACCUGUCAGCGGUCAUGUCUUUGCAGAAUCUGGAAACAGUGCAAGCCUUGCUCUGUCUUGUACAGUACUAUUUCCGAGCUUCAGAACCUCCAAUCUGGCAUCUGGUAGGCUUUGUCUUGCGACUCUGCGUUAAACUUCGAUACCAUCGCAAAGAUACAUCACAAAACCUAGAUGCGUACACUAUUGAGCUUCAAAAGCGGUUUUUCUGGUGUGCAUAUUGUUUUGACCGAUGUGCCUCGAUGCUAUCGAAGCUGCCGUUUGGAAUUAGCGAUUUGGAUAUCGAUGUAGAGACGCCGGUUGAUAUUGAGGUUACAUGUACAGAUCAAGAAAAGAUCCGUGAACUUCAAGUCAAGCAGGCAAAUGGCGAGUCCAGCAGUGACGAGGGAGCAAUCACGACGAUGACUGCCGCUCUCCACCACUUGCAAGUAUACCGUAUCAGAUCGAGAAUCACGACAACCUUCAUGGGCCCCAACGCGCGAGUACCCUCGUCCAGCGACGUCGCCAGUCUUCUCUCCGAACUCGACGAAUGGAAACAGCAAGAACCGCACCAGGACUCCCGGCCUCUACCUCACCAGGGCGCCGACAGAGUGCGCGCAAACUACCUGCAAGCAGUCCUCCUCUUGAUCCGGCCGGUGCUGAUGAGCGACACGGUCGACCCGGAUCUCGUCGAGCUCUGCGUGAACUUUGCGGUAGACGCCUGCGAAAGCGCAAAAACACUCAGCCUCAACCCGCAAACCCACGCGGACCGCAUCACAACCUACCACGUCUUCUACUUUGGCAUGACCCUACUGCAAUGCCUCGCCAUCCAGCCCACAGCCCUAACGCCGCGCCGCGCCCACCACGCCAUCAGCUCGUGUCUGAGUGCAUUAGCUAUCUACGCACGCAUGCUGCCCAGCGUGGCGCCGUUCUUGCAUCUUUUUGAAAUGCUCUCUGAUCUGUUUGUGCGGAAUGACCAUGCCUCUGGGGAGUAUCCCGUGGGCGAGGUGAGGAGGGUUUUGAAUAAGAUUGUGUCGAGCGAUCCGUCCGAGACGUCGGGGGCUAUGUAG